AAUUGACACUGGUUUCAAAAUUUUGAAAUUGUUUUACAGGAUUUAAUUACUGGUUUGCUUUAUAUUAUUAGGUAAUGGACGUUAUAAGAAAACAGGAAGCAGCAAUUAAGGAUAUAAUAACUUCAAUGAAAAAUGGAGAGCCAGUAAAAUUAAUGAAACUAUUGGAAAUAUUUAAUACUUAUGCGGAAACCGAUAUGCAAGUUAAAUUAUUCUCAAUUUUAUCUGGCUACCUAAUGUUAAAUCAAAAUAGUAUCGAGGCUAUUGCAACAUGUGGCCCAUUAUAUGACAAACUCUAUAGAGUUCUAGUUAACUGCCCUCCUAGGAAAGCUACGGUUGCGUUCAAUUUUCUUUCGGCUCUUCUAUACGAAGAUUUCGCUGACAACCAACGGAGAAGCAGCAUAGUUGUAUAUGCAAGGAAUUCGAUAAGAAGUAGUGGUUGUUUGGCAGCAAUUUGUGAUCUAUUCACUAGCUGCAUGAUGGAUCAGGAAGCAUGGCGUGCUCUUUGUCGAUGUCUCGCUGAAUCGUGCCGCGGUACAGAAGCUAAUCAAAGUUAUUGCACGCAUCUCGUUCCAAUUUGUAUUCAAAGAUGCAACCAUAGGAAUAUCGAGUUGCUAAUGGUUUUGCAAAGUUUGCUACAAAAUCAUAACCGUAACAUAGCGCUAUUUGUGGAGUGCAACGGCAUGUCGCUGUUUCAAAGAGAGUUCCUACAGCAUGACAUCUGCCUACAACUGCUAGCCACUAUAGUACAGAGCUCCAAAGAAGCAGCUACCUUAAUCGUCAACACAGACAUUUGUCAACAACUUCGACGUUUCCUGCAACUAUAUGGACCACACUCACAGAUGGGCCAAUGGUCUACCAUCAUUUUGUAUCAUACAUCUAGAGUUGAAGUUUCCUUAACAACUAAGAAAAUGGAUAAGGAUAAUGAAGAAAAAAAUAAAUUUAGUGAGUCAUUUCUUAACAAAAUCUCACAAAACAGAAAGACGGAACAGUGCAGCGACAACACAACUAUUUUUUUCCGCAAUGUUAUGAAAGAAAUAAUGCUAUGUGGUGCACAGAAAGGAAAUAAUUUUAAGCCUCUCCUUUCUACCAAUGUGAUAAUAAAUAGUCCUGGAAAUGCCAUGGAUACCUCAAGAGCUCUAUUUUGUGAAAAUAUCAAAGAACGAAAAACAUUUUGUAUGGCUCCCCCUGAGACCAUUCCAUUAUAUUCCCAACACAAAAUACCCACAAUGUCUAAUGCACAUUUACAAAAGAGUGAUAGAAAUGAAUUAUCCUUAUCUUUUCUACGUAAUCAACAUUUAAGUAAAAGUCGCACCACAACCUAUUUUGUGACACCUAAUAAUUUUUCUGAAAGUAUUCAAAGAACACUACAACCUAACGUUAGCAGUGUACGGCAUAAUACCGUUUACGAUUCCUUUAUGGAACACAACUUAUCUCGUUCAUGUACACAAGAAAUCGAUGAAUUCAAACCACAAUUCAUGUCUACACCUAAAAAAGACAUCCACGAAGCCUCUCGAUACCAAAAACAACAUGAUAAUAGUUCAUAUAGGUCGGUACAAAGGUCUGUCAGAAACCAUCAGGUUAAACGAGCAGUUAAGAAGAAGAGAGCUACCAGGCAUUUAAAUCAAACUAAAACUGAUAAAGAUAUCAGACACAAAUCUUUUAGUGGGCGAUUGUUUGACGCUAUCAAUACUUCCUGCACCACAUUGGUGAAAACUGUAAAAAAUAUAUUUAGACCGAAAAAUACUUUGCAAAAAACAAAAGAUGAUUCUAUCAAUGAGACAAAUCCAAACAUGUCUUGUAGUUACAGUUUCACAAAUUAUAUGCGUAAAAGAGAUGAAGUUAUGAAAGAUGGUUAUAAAGAAGACACUAAUAAAGCUGAGGAUUUAGUUACCACAAUAGAACGGUUUGAAGAUGUCAGUAUGGAAAUAAACAAUUCUUGUAAAACGUGCAAUGAUACAGUUACGCUCAAACGAAAGCUAAGAAAUGAUGACCACUUAAAGAAAACUAUAAGAAAACUCAAACUAGGAAUCAAUUUGUAUGGGUGCGAUUUCAAGAAAAUUUCUCGCGCAUUUUGGCCAAAAGAAUCAUAUAUGACACCAGUUGUCCUGUACAAUCUGUACCGUAAAUUAAUUUUGAAAUAAUAAACUUUUUUAACUUA